UUAGCAAAUGGUAGACAAAGAACGGAUCUUUCACAUAUACGAUCUUCGGUGUGACGUCACCUCUCGGGACAGCAAACAUGGCGAACAUUCGGUGUGUGAAGGGCAUGGUUGGCCUGGUUACGGGCGGCGCCUCUGGUUUGGGUCGGGCCACAGUGGAGCGCCUGGUGCAGAGCGGGGCGUCUGCCGUCAUCGUGGACCUUCCUUCCUCUGAUGGGGAGGCCGUGGCGGCCAGCCUGGGGGAGCGCUGUGCCUUCGCUCCGACAGACGUCACGUCAGAAGCAGACGUGCGAUCAGCCGUGUCUCUGGCCAAAGAGAAGUUCGGGAAGUUGGACCUUGCAGUUAACUGUGCUGGCAUCGCCGUGGCGGUCAAAACAUACAAUUUCAAGAAGGACGUCCCUCACAGUCUGGAGGACUUCCAGCGUGUUAUCAACGUGAACAUAGCAGGAACCUUUAACGUGAUCCGCCUGGCUGUGGGGGAGAUGGGGAAGAACCAGCCGGACGCAGACGGACACAGAGGCUGCAUCGUCAACACUGCUAGCGUGGCAGCUUUUGACGGACAGGUGGGACAAGCAGCGUAUUCUGCAUCAAAAGGCGGCAUCGUGGGAAUGACGCUUCCCAUAGCUCGAGAUCUGGCACCUAUGGGCAUCAGAGUUGUUACAAUUGCACCUGGACUGUUCUCCACUCCUCUCCUCGCCAGUCUUCCAGAGAAGGUGCGCUCCUUCCUCGCCCGCCAGGUGCCCUUCCCGUCACGCCUGGGAGACCCCGCAGAGUUCGCCCACUUGGUGACGUCGAUAGCCGAGAACCCCAUGAUCAACGGAGAGGUCAUCCGGCUGGACGGAGCCAUCCGCAUGCAGCCCUGAGCCACAGCCAGCACUUUAACACAACUUCACCAACUGCCUCUGGUUCACGUGUGUGUCUGUGUGUUUGUGUGUGUGUGGCUGUCGGCCAUGUUUCUGCUGUAGAAAGCCGCACAUGCCGGAACUGUCAUUAACCACAUCGACAUUUCUCUGUGAGACUGAACUGCCAGAAUGUUCCUUUGAAUAAACAAAUGAAAUCACAAAGUA